AUGUAUCGGAAGCUUUCUGGGGGCCACGGGAAGCUCCAAGUCCAGUUCGGUCCAGGAAGCACCGGUGAACUACAUUUCCACACCAAUGUCACCGCAAUCGACCCCACUACUGGCGAUGCCACCGAACAUCGCGUCUACUCUCACAGGUCCAUCAACACCAACCGGCCACGGUCUCCCAGAAACUCCCGCUCUCGCUCACGCCCCCGUUCUCGUUCCCGUUCCCGGUCCCACAGGGGAAGGAGCAGCUCUCACAAACCACGCGACAAAUACUCCCUACCCCAAAAAACAAAGGACAUCUCAGCCUGGAUCACCGAAGCCCAGCACCAACCGAUGCCACCGAAGCGUGAGUGGCCAAUUCCGCCCGAGGGCCUCACCACAAAGUUCAUCGAGCCCUUGACGGCAUACACCGCGGAGAACCGCAACCGGCCUCGUCGACGGUACACACCAUCCCCACAUCCCUACGGGGAAGGAAACGAACGUGGUCGCAGGCGAUACAGAGAGGACUUCGGCUUUAGCUCUGAUUCAUCGUCUGACUCGGAUUCUCGAGGAUAUUCCCCCUCGCCUUCGCGUGGCCGCUCCGAACCCAGGCGCAGUCACCGCCAACUCCCGGAUUCGUCCCGCUUGGAUGACAGUUACGGCGCCAAAUACUACUACAAAAGCACCCGACGGGCCGGCCAUCACGAUGACGACGCCGAGUACGCCCGCGCCGCUGCCGGUGGUCAGACCAAAUACGAGUACCGCAAAAAAGAGUACACCGACUCUGCUCGGUACCCAUCAACCACCGCAUACCCCCACGGCCAUUCGCAGUAUUAUCACUACGAGACCAGCCGCACAGCAACCGACCCCAUUAGCGACGGUGUCCGGUACUACACCAUCAACGACCACACCGGGACCAGAACCUCCCAAUACGGAGUAAGCACCCCCCAGCCAACAACGGAAGCACGGCGUUCCUCGCAUAGCGGUUGGGACGGUGACUACGUGAGUGGGCGGGAUGGGGCCCGGUAUUAUUACUAUGAGGAAGUGAGGGGUCCGAGGAACGGGGGACGGUCUGCGGAUGAUGAGGAUGGUUAUGAGGCGGAUGAGCAGUAUUGGGCUAGGUUGAAGGCUAUUCGGAAGGAGCAGGAGAAGAGGUGGCGGAAGAUGAAGAAGGAACAGAGGCUGUUGGAGUAUGAGAGGGAUGUGUCGCCGGAUUAG